UAGGGCGGGCCUGUCACUCGAGGAAGUCUCCCCGAGGCCACCCGAGAGUCUCGCUCCUGCCUGCUGGGUCCGGGCUGCUUCUCCUUUCGCUCCUCGAGGACUGGCGGAGGGCCGCUCGCAUGACUUGCAGAGCAUCGUGGUCCCACGGUGAGUGAGGCGCGCUUUGCCGGGAGGGCUUAAUAACAGAGGUGCUUCAGAGCAAGGGGCAGAGAAGGCAGGUCUGUUUGGGGAAGGAGACGCCCGCUGGUCUCUUUUCUGUUUUCAACAAACGCUGAGCAUUCGUGCUCCUCCCGGGCGAGCCGCAACAAGUCGGCGGGGUUGAGUCACCGGGGCGGCGAGAGAACGAAAAACCGGGAAGUGUGUCCGCAGGUUAAGAUCAGGGAAAACUUCGGCCCCAGAAGCUAAGCUUCUAAGUCAGGGCUUUUGCUUAGGGCAGGCUAAGUCUUCCAAGAGAACCGCAGCGCCCCUGGGCAUGGGCAGAGUGCAUCGGCACCCCAUGCUGAGUAAAUAGACCUCAGGCAUUUGAGGCUGGGCACAUGGGAAUUAAUGCGCCAAAGGCCCAUGAGAAGCGCGACAGAAUCGUAGAGUUGGGACGCCAAGGGUUCGCUAGUCCAACCCGCUGCAAUGUUGAAACUUAGCACUGCUGGGAAGCUAGUCUGAAUGGUUAUCGUCCUUUAAGAUGAGACCACAUGUGGGCAGAAUGUAGAAAUUAUUAAUAAUAAUAAUAAUAAUAAUAAUAAUAAUAAUAAUUUAUUAUUUAUACCCCGCCCAUCUGGCUGGGCUUCCCCAGCCACUCUAGGCGGCUUCCAAAAAAAUAUUAAAAUACUGUGAUACAUCAAACAUUAAAAGCUUCCCUAGACAGGGCUACCUUCAGAUGUCUUCUAAAAGUCUGGUUGUUGUUGUUCUCUUUGACAUCUGGUGGGAGGGCGUUCCACAGGGCGGGCGCCACCACCGAGAAGGCCCUCUGCCUGGUUCCCUGUAACUUGGCUUCUCGCAGCGAGGGAACUGCCAGAAGGCCCUCGGCGCUGGACCUCAGUGUCCAGGCAGAACGAUGGGGGUGGAGACGCUCCUUCAGAUAUACUGGACCGAGGCCGUUUAGGGCUUUCAAGGUCAGCACCAACACUUUGAAUUGUGCUCGGAAACGUACUGGGAGCCAAUGUAGGUCUUUCAAGACGGGUGUUAUAUGGUCUCGGCGGCCGCUCCCAGUCACCAGUCUAGCUGCCACAAUGUGGAUUAGUUGUAGUUUCUGGGUCACCUUCAAAGGUAGCCCCACGUAGAGCACAUUGCAGUAGUUCAAGCGGGAGAUAACCAGAGCAUGCGCCACUCUGGCGAGACAGUCCGCGGGCAGGUAGGAUCUCAGCCUGCAUACCAGAUGGAGCUGGUAAACAGCUGCCCUGGACACGGAUUUGACCUGUGCCUCCAUGGACAGCUGUGAGUACAAAAUGACUCCCAGGCUGCGCACCUGGUCCUUCAGGGGCAGAGUUACCCCAUUCAGGACCAGGGAAUCCUCCACACCCACCCGCCUCCUGUCCCCCCAAAACAGUACUUCUGUCUUGUGUUUGCCAGAGGGCAUCUUCCAGGGCUGUGGACAUUUGGCCACAAUGCUAUCCAAAUGGAGAGAAUGGUUCUGGGUGCAUGGUAGAGUGCCUUACUUUCUUUGGAGUGUGUACAGCAAGGCGCUAGCCCUCAAGGCUUUAAAACACAGCUGCACAAAGGUGAUGCAUGGGUGAGGGACAGAUUAGCCCUUUUUUCAGUUUCCAAGACCUUUGGCAAAGGGAGUAGGCCACAGUUUUCCAACGUGAGGACAGCUUGCCUCAGCCCUAUAAGAACCGCUUUGCCGUAUCAGAUCCAAAUAGUUCCAUCUUGUUUUGCACCCUGGUUCCCGACACUGUGGACAGCCAGGUGUCUCCCUGAGAAAGCUCCCUGCCACUAUUUGUCCCCGCUAUCAAAUGUUCCAAAAGGUAGCCUAUCCCUGUAUAUGGAGGUUCCGAGUCUAGACAGACGAAGCCUCUCCAAGAAUCUGUGCAACCCUUUCUUUGAACGGCAGGCUAACCUAGCAGCCGCCACCCCGUCAUGUGGCAGGAAGUUCCACAGGUCAACCACAAGUCGACUUUUAGGGCCUCCCGCCAAUCAAAUUCGCUCGGGAAAAAACCCUAAAUUCCACGCUUGCGAGACAGGAAAGUCCUUCCCCACCCCCUUCUCUCCCCAUGCUGUCCCCAAUUUCAAAAGCUUCGCUCGCAUUUCCCCAUCGACGCCUUUCAAGUUCCGCUUUUCUUCUUUUCGCUGAGAUGGCGGAAGUGUGGAAAAAUAGUUUCGCCUCGCAGGCUGCCUGUUUCUGCUGCUGUUGCCACUAACCUGAGCACGGCGUUGAGGAGACAGCUGGGAAUGGGGACCCUCAUUUUAUGUCGCCUUGCUGUGACUCUAGCUGAGGGACCCAGCCCUCACAGAACGAGAGGAACGUACGAGGGCUGCACCUGUUGGAUUUCUGCCCGCUGCUCAGCUACCCAGACCCUGCCAGGAUACAGUAGGGGGAGGUGGCACACCUAGAGGAAAUGGUUCUGCUCCCACAUACGCCUUCUGAGGGCUUGCGCCUGGGUCCACACACCGUCAAGGAUGUCUAUUUCAGUCCCCUGCAAUUAAGACACACUCAUUUAUUAUUACACUGAGCCAGGAAGCCAUUAAGUGGCAAGGCUAAACUGCAGCUCGUCAGCCAGCUAAUUAGCAACCUCCUCUUGGAACAGAGGAAUCGUUAAAAGGGGACAGGAUAUGCAAGCGGCAAGGAUGUAGCUGCAAGAAUCUUUUUUGUUACUCUUUUUUUUUCCCUUUACAAACCACACAAGGAUCUGGAACACAGGAAGAAGAGAGGGUGAUGCCUUUGUCAGAGUCAGGCCGGUGGGGUUCAUCUAGCUGAGUGUUCCCCGCACUUACUGGCAGGUGGUCUCCAGGGUUUUAGACAGGGGCCUCUUACCUAGAUAUGCCUAUUGGGACUGCCUGCCUGCAAAGCAGAGCUAUAAUAAUCAUAAUCAUAAUAAUCAUAAUCAUAAUAAUUUAUUUAUACCCUGCCCAUCUGGCUGGGCUUCCCCAGCCACUCUGGGCGGCUUCCAACCAAAUAUUAAAAUACAGUAAUGCCUCAAACAUUAAAAGCUUCCCUAAACAGGGCUGCCUUCAGAUGUCUUCUGAAUGUCAGGUAGUUGUUUAUCUCUUUGACAUCUGAUGGGAGGCUGUUCCACAGGGCGGGUGCCACCACCGAGAAGGCCCUCUGCCUGGUUCCCUGUAACUUGGCUUCUCGCAGUGAGGGAACCACCAGAAGGUUUGCCGCUUAUGUAUCCCGAAGGAUACGUAACCGGAGGUGAACGUAAGUAGAGGUACCACUGUACUUGAACCAUUGAGUUCUGCAGCUUUCCUUCAAAAAGAAAAUAAGGUUCCAGUCUUCAUUGUCCCGAUAUAAGGGGCUGAUUUAAACAGAAGUGUCGGAAACUGCCUUAAGUCGAGGUUGGACGGCCAUCUGUCUUGGGUGCUCUACGAUUCUACGAAGUCCAACCACAAUGAUGCCAUUGGGGAUUGAGCUUCUGCAUGCAAAGCAGGUGCUCUAACCACUGAGCAGCGCAGCCCUCUCCUUCAAGGAUCCAAGAAGCAUUGCAAGGUGUGGCGUGAGCAGAUCGUAAGGGACUACAUUUCCCCGCUACUGAACACUGGAGGCUCUCGUCAUGCCAGCCACCACCAAAAAGUUUUCCUUGCGAACAGGGACCUCGACUCUGCCUUUCCCCGGGGCUGAUGAUUCUCUCACUCAAGAUGUUCAUCCCAAAAAAAGAAAGUACCGUAUUUUUUGCUCUAUAAGACUCACUUUUUCCCUCCUAAAAAGUAAGGGGAAAUGUGUGUGCGUCUUAUGGAGCGAAUGCAGGCUGCGCAGCUAUCCCAGAAGCCAGAACAGCAAGAGGGAUCGCUGCUUUCGCUGCGCAGCAAUCCCUCUUGCUGUUCUCGCUUCUGAGAUUCAGAAUAUUUUUUUCCUUGUUUUCCUCCUCCAAAAACUAGGUGCGUCUUGUGGUCUGGUGCGUCUUAUAGGGCAAAAAAUACGGCAAUUGGGCAGAGGGUCAGAGCGAAAGGUCAGGAGGGCUCUAUUGUGUGCCGCUCAGCCGCCACCUUGAAACUCUGAAACAGACUUCAGGAAGGAGCUGAGCUUGUUGGCUUGUGACAGAAGGAUAAAAACAGGAAACCCCAUUGCAUCUGUGGGGGUGGCGAGGAGAAGAGAAGGGAAGGAAACGCUGACUUUUAAAAAUAUAUUCUGAGGCAUCGUGAGAAGGCAGGGCUGCAACGGUGCCUUGCAGAUCCCCCUCGCACGCUGGUUUUAAAAAGAAGAGGCGACAGAAAAAAUCAGCUUUGCGCUGCAAGCCGCAUUUGGAGAUUUGGCGGUGCGCUGGUUCACAGGAGAGGAAGGAGAGGCCUGUUCCGUCGCAGUGUCGGCGCACGAAGACUGCCACAACCCCACGUUCUUCACUGGACACCCCAGAACAUCUCACCCGAUUGAAGAGGUACGGAGAGACCAAGCAGAGAUUAAAUCAUUGCAAUUAAAUUUUUAAAAGAGUUAAGGUAGGUUCGGUUCCCAGAGGGGUAGCCGCGUUCGUCCGUCUUUCUGCCAAAGCAGCGGAGUCUUAAAUCAAGAGUUAUCUGAGGCCCACUUCCUCACAGAGAGCAAAAACCACAGGCACGUCAUGUGCAGAAAUGCAGAACUGCCCCGGUUUGCCACAUCACUCCGAAACUCUCAGAUUUAGCUUCUUCCGAACUCAGCCGGCAUUUUGGGUCCGUCGUUCAUGCCCAGCAUCAACCACCUUGUUCCUUAUCUGAGCAUGCAAAGAUACCUUCCUGCGGUCAGUUCCGCAGAUGUUGGCUGCUUCCAGUGUCCCAUAGAUGGAUGAGAAUAUAUUUUCUCUCCACACGCACCCCUCUCGUAGAAACGCACGCAUACACCCUUCCUUUAUUGCAGGAGUGCGGAAUGUACAGUGGACGCUCCGGUUGCGAACGUGAUCCGUGCGGGAUGCACAUUCGCAACCCGCAGCGGCGCAUCUGCGCACGCACGGGUUGCGAUUCGGAGCUUCUGCGCAUGCACAAAGUGUGAUUUAGUGCUUCUGCGCAUGCGUGACUGCCAAAAACCCGGAAGUAACCUGAGAAGACACUGAGGUCCAGUGCCGAGGGCCUUCUGGCAGUUCCCUCCCUGCGAGAAGCCAAGUUACAGGGAACCAGGCCGAGGGCCUUCUCGAUGGUGGCACCCGCCCUGUGGAACGCCCUCCCACCAGAUGUCAAAGAGAAAAAUAACUACCAAACUUUUAGAAGACAUCUGAAGGCAGCCCUGUUUAGGGAAGCUUUUAAUGUUUAAUAGGUUAUUGUAUUUUGGUGUUUUGUUGGAAGCUGCCCAGAGUGGCCGGGGAGGCCCAGCCAGAUGGGCGGGGUAUAAAUAAAUUAUUAUUAUUAUUAUUAUUAUUAUUAUUAUUAUUAUUAUUAUUAUGGUACUUCCGGGUUUUAGUGGGUGCAUAACCCAAAAACACGCAACCUGAAGUGGCUGUAACCCGAGGUAUGACUGUAUACAUAUAUAUUUCUGUCGAGGGCCACAUUAAUAGAAUCAUAGAAUUGUAGAAUUGGAAGGGACCAUGGCGGUCAUCUAGACCAAACCCCUGCAAUGCAGGCAUCUCAGCUAAAGCAUCCAUCCAACCACUGCUUACAAACCUCCAAGGAAGGAGAGUCCACCACUCUUACUCUCAGAAAGUUCUUCCUGGUGCUUCAUUGGAAUCUUGUUUCUUGUACCUUGAAGCCGUUGAUUUGGGUUCUACCUUCCAGAGCAGCAGAAAACAAGCUUGCUCCAUCUCCCAUGUGACGGCCCAUGUGACGGCUUCAGAUAUUUGAAGCUGACUAGCAUAUCUACCCAGCUUCCUCAACCAUUCCUCAUUAGGCUUGGUUUCCAGACCCUUGAUCAUCUUGGUCGCCCUCCUCUGCACACCUUCCAGCUCAUCAAUAUCCUUCUCAAAUUGUGGUGCCCACAACUGGACGCAUAAUUCCACGUGGGAUCUGACCAAGGCAGAAUACAGCAGUACAGUCAUACUCACGUUACGUCUGCUUCAUGUUACGUUCUUUCAGGUUACAUCCCGCAGCGACCCAGAAGUACUGGAAAGGGUUACUUCGGGUUUUGCCACUCACGCAUGCGCAGACACAGAAAACGAUGUCACGCCCAUGCGCAGAAGCAGCGAAUCGCAACCCACGUGUGCGCAGAUGCGCCGCUGCAGGUUGUGUUCUUUUCAUGUUCCAAAUGGGCCUCCGGAACGGAUCCUGUUUGCAACUGGAGCUACCACUGUAUUAUCACUCCCCUUGACCUGGACACUAGACUUCUGUCAAUGCAGCCUAGAAUUGCAAUGGAUUUUUUUGCUGCUGCAGCAAAAAUGAGUAUCUGUCUGGGGCUGCAUGCUGACAGUGGGCAAGGCCAGAGCCACUGGUAGACAGUGUUAUAGACUUCUCUCUGUUUGUCUGUCUGUCUGUCUGUCUGUCUGUCUGUCUGUCUGUUUCUCUCUCUCUCUCUCUUUCUGUCACCCACCACCCACUUUCCCUGCUUUGCUCCUCUCCCUCAGUGCUAUCCCCACCCCCGUGAAAUUACCCCAAGGGCUGCAUGCCCAACCCUUGAUUUUGUUGGUGGCAAGGGGGGAGAAAAUUAUAUAAAAGCAGAAUUCCAUGGAAGCCAAGAUCCAGGUUUGGGGCAAGUACUCUUUGGUAAGAGAACCCUUCUAGAGAUUUAAAAUCACAAAAUAAGUGUGGAAACAUAGGUUGUGAGGCUUUUAAAAUAUGCUCUUGUGAAUGAGCUCCAGAAUAGUCCCCUCUUCCCCUAGAAAAAGGCGACAUGUUUGGUAAGUUAAAAUGGUUUACUUACAAACUCUCUUAAAGUCAUGUUCAUGUGCUUUUUCCAUACAGCAUUCAGAAAACAAUGCACAGGCAGUAAAACAUAGCUUCAUUACAGUGCUGAAAGUUCUUAAAUUAUUGGUAUAGGAACACAAGAAUGGCUUGUAAGAGCCAUGCGGUCUGAGCUUGGAGCAACCAGCUCAUUGAGUUUCUCAGGUAGAUUGGAGGGGAACAAAGUCUUGAUUACCUAAGUCCCUCCCAAGGUGAGCUAAGCCUGGCAGAACAGCUUACUCUAUGGUUUUAACCCCUUCAUGUAUUAAUUAAGACUUAAGCAUGUUGGUGAUAUUGAGCUGGUUAUCCCACAGAUAACUCCUAUAUUCCUCACCUCCGAAUUCUGGUUCGACACGGAGAAUGUUCAGACAGAUCACACAGACACAACACUGUCCCGAGAAGUCUCUCUCAGCAGCCAUUCUCCCUCUCACACACAAACAGAAGCCAGUUAAUAACGACAGUUAGUGGAAUAACAGUCACAACAGAAACGGAAUGCCGUUCUCAUGUGACUCACAGUCAGCAUAUCACAUUAGAGGGGGGAAACCCCAUGUUAAAAGUACACAGUAAUUUAAUGUAAGUAAAUAUUCCCAUUUCGGGAAAUUAAGUAAUUAUCCUUAACAGUGGCCUGGGGAGAGGAGGGUUAUCCUGGGGCAAGUCCAGACAGCCUUAUAAAACCUCUCCGUUGCCUUUUCCAGGCAGCCACGAUGGAGGCGUUCAGCUCCCGCAACUUGGCCAUGCAAGCCGAGAAGAAGAUUCUCAGCCGGAUGGCCAGCAAGUCCAUGGCCAAUAUGUUCAUUGACGAUACCAGCAGCGAGAUCCUGGACGAGCUCUACCGGAUCUCCAAGGAGUACACGCAGAACCGGACCGAGUCCCAAAAGGUCAUCAAGAACCUGAUCAAAGUGGCGGUCAAGAUCUCCGUCCUGUACCGCAACAACCGCUUCAGCCCCGAGGAGCUGGGCCUGGCGGAGGAGUUUAAGAGGAAACUCCACCAAGGAGCCAUGACGGCCAUCAGCUUCCACGAAGUGGAGUUCACCUUCGAGAAGGCUGUCCUGGCUGAGCUGCUGAGAGAUUGCCGAGACCUGCUGCUCCGGCUGGUCGAGAAGCACCUGACGCCCAAGUCUCACGGGCGCAUCCGGCACGUCUUCGACCACUUCGCCGACACGGAGCUCCUAGCCAAGCUCUACAGUCCCGGGGAGCCCUACCAGCCGCGGCUGAAGAAGAUCUGCGAGGGGAUGAACCGUCUCAUCGACGAGGGGAAGUUGUGAAACCCACCGAGGAGGAGGAGAGGAGAAAAUAGGUGGGAAGGAACACACACGAGGGGUGGGGAGGGGGAGACACAAAAUUUAACAUCGGCCAAAUCCUUCACGGACCUAGGGAUUCAGAUAGACUGCCUCUGGACCUGGGGGCUCCAUAAGAAGAGAGCCCUGCUGGAUCAAGCGAGAGGGGACUUGUUAAGUUGUGGGUAAACAUAUCAGGCGACACAGCGAUAUGGGUAAACAUAUCAGACGACACAGCCUGUUUAUUCACAGGCCAGGACAGAACUGAAGGGUCAGUCAGCCUGCUUAUAUAGAGCUCCAGUACCACGUUACUGUAACAACUUUCUAAAACUAUCCAAUCACUGAACCUUCAUUUGCAUAACUAUCUACAGUAUCCCCCUGCUGGCCCAGGGUGAGAACUUCAGUACAUAACAGGACUCAUCCAUUCUCACGGUGGUCAAAUGCCUAUAAGAAGCUAGGGGUCCAGGUAGACUGCUUCUGGGCCUGGAGGUUCCAUCAGGGCAUGAGACGAGCCCUGUUGGAUCAGGCCAGCUGGAGAAGAAUAAAUGGGUUCACCCUGUCGUGAGAAAACAAGGCGAGGGGUGCUUCUUGUGAUCUCUUUGGCAGGCCGGUAGCACCCACAGAACUUGUUUGCGGGGUGGCCCUAACAGAAACUCAGCCCCUCCCAGCCUCCCUUCCGAUGUCUUCAGAAGCCUGUGUGUUCCACAGCUCAUCUCUGCAGCCGGUAAGGACUAGAAACUUGGAGAUGAAAACCGAGUUUCGAAAAAUCCAGAGGGGAGAGUGAUGGGCAGUAAACCGCAAAACCACCUCUGGCUGCGUACACCGGAGCUCUAUCCCAAACCUUCCUGGUCCAUCAUCAAUGAGAAGAAAUGUUGCGUUUUAUAUUCUUUAAAUGCUGUUUGCGGAUGUUUACUUUGUUAUGUUUGGUGCGGGGGGAGGAGGAGAGACCUUGCCACUAUUUUAUUAUUAUUAUUAUUAUUUGCUUCUCCUCUGAAGUCACAGAUAAUUUCGACGCCUGUAUCACCACCUCUGGCUGUUGAUCAUGGUGGUAUCUGACGAGGUUGAUGGGAAUCAUAGAGCUCAGGCGCCAGUUGAUGGGAAAGCGUUCCCUAGGAAAAGGGACCGUUUGCUAAACCGCUCUGGGAAUCGUAGCUCUCCUGGGGGGUUGGGAGGUCUCCUAACAACGCUUAUCACCCUUGGCAAACUACAGUUCCCAGGAUGUCUCGGGGGGAGGGAGCCACGGCUGUUUAAAGCGGCAGGCCCAGAGCUUUAAAUGUAUUGCGGCCUUGUUGAGUUGCAGGCAACAGUCCAUCCUUGGCUGCAAGAUCAGCACUCUGGACAGCUGCCCCAGAGGAGGACUAGCUUGCAGCAAAAAAACGGGUUGCUCUCUCUUUCGUUGCUUGAGAAGAGUUUUGCUGAAGAUCUCAGGGAUUUCGACUCAGGGAUUGCGCAGACUGAAAACCAAACAAAUAAAGGUUUCUUUUCCAAUGCACAGAGUGUUCCCCUUUCCUUAAGACAGGCAGCCAUGGCAGGGCAGAAGAAGAAGGGGCAGCCAAAACCAUGAGCCCCCAGCAGACUCACCUGCCGCCUAGGAUAGGGAGAUUGGGAAAUGACCUGUUUUUGUUUCAAUAGCUUUGUCAUUUGUCCUUCUUCAGCUCCUCAGAUUUAAACAGCCGCUUGCAAUUUUUUUUUUUUAAAAAAAGGAAAGUCCUCGUGGAAAUUCUCUAGCAUUUUUUGGCAUGCAUUUAUCCCAAUGCACAGGAUUCUGUCUCGCAAACACAUUUUUGCAAGCCGUUCCCUGCAAUAUAAGGCGUUUCUGUACAUCGCUUUGCCUACCUUUCGCAUUAUUUGAGACCGGAGAGAUCUGGGGGGUUUUUUAGGACCCAAGCUAUUUCUGCGAUUGUAAGUUGUUUUAAACUGCUAAUAUUGCAUUUAAACGUUGUAAUCUUCCCUGGCACCUUGGGGUGAAGGACCGGUAAUAAACAGCAGCAGCAACAUUCUCCUUUUUUCUCUCCAGGUUCCCCACCCCUCCUCCUUGGAGAACCCCAUCACAAAAUUAAGAAAAGUGUGAAUUUGGAAUAAUAGCCACGAUUUGCUUCAAGAAGUGCAAUUGCAAUAUUAAUCAGAGCAAUUUUCUCCCCUUCCCAACCCACUCCCUAUCCAAUGUUGCUUGUUGCCAACUAUUUUGUUAAUACGGGG